GGACUGGAGUCACGUGAUUGCGGUCGGCGGCGAUGUCUCUGCCAUUGCUCUGUGGGGGAGGGGAGUGCGCGGGGCACUUCCGGGGCAGCCGCACUGAAUGCAGUAACCAUCUCUGAGGGGGACUAUCAUGGUGAAAUAUUGUGCAGCAUAUAACUGCAGUAAUGCAGACACAAAGUUAAAUCGGAAGCAGGGAAUAACUUUUCAUAGGUUUCCCAAGGAUAAUAAGAAAAAACAGCAGUGGGCGCAGGCAGUACAUCGGGCUGACCCUGUGAGUGGCAAACUCUGGACACCAUCUGAAUGGGAUAUGAUUUGUUCUCAACAUUUUAAUCCUGGCUGCUUCAAAGAAAUUAAUGGAAAGAAAUUUUUAAAGGAAGGGAGUUGUCCUUCUAUAUUUUCCUUUCCUGACAAUUUUCAGAGAAUAGAUAAUUCUCUACGGAGAUCAGCGAAGAACUCCAAAUGUGCUGGAAUAUUUCAAGAAAAUCCUCCUCUCGAGGCAGAUCCCAGUGAGGUGUAUGUUAUACCAGCCACGGUAAAAAAAACAGCGAACAACCCAAAAAGAUUAACAGAAAACUUCAGCUGUGUUCAUGAGGUAGACACCAGUGGGGUGUGUAAUACACAGGACACAGUAAUGACAGACCACCAUUACCAUAUCACAGACAGUCCAAAAACUCUGAAGAGGAAAUUGGAUGAACUUUUAGCAGAGAAUCACAAGCUCAGAAGAAAAUUAAGAAAUGCUUCUGAUCAAGAAGAGAGACUCCAUAAAAAUGUGGAAAUCUUGUUGGACAAGCUGCACUCUAAAGACAUGUUGUCAAGGGAAAUAAUGUGA